AAGAAGAAGUGCUCAGGUCCGGCGAAUAUAGCAUUUUUAAGACUCAAAAUUUCUCUAGUUUUGUGCGUCAACUCAAUCUCUACGGAUUUAGAAAAGUUGCUAGGACAACCGCAAAUGUCAAAUUAACUGAUUACAAGACGAGCAUGAAACGCAGUUCUUUUUCUAACCAGCUGCAAGCCUUUGCUCACAACUUUUUCGUCCAGCAUCGCCCCGAUCUCCUCCCGAGAGUCAGGCGUACCAGCUCCGCCAACAAACGUCGCCCCAGUUUCGGCCAAAGUCGAGGCGAGACCGCUUUCUACGACUACGGGCAUAACGGACCAAAUAAUGCUGGAAACAUGUUUCAGAUCUUGGGUAGAUGUGGACAGAGUCAGAGUGUGACACCACCGGCUUCGUUCACUGCCGCUACUGGGACUGUCAUUGGCAAUGCCAAUAAGUAUGCCAAAUCAAGACCUAUACACUAUCCACAAACCUCGUCCUACGGGUGCCAGUAUGUUUACCCAUCUUCGAUAUCAUCUUUAGCACUAGCUCAGCAACAUUUUGUGCACCAAACGCCGCACCACAAACUUGGACACUCAGCGUGUGCUGAUACUAGACCUCCGCCAGAUUCAGAAACAGAGUCAUCUGAUGCUGACGAUCUUGGGGAGGAAUCUCCGAAUGCUUCUGCUUUGUUGAAAAAAUCAAGUGCAAAGGUUCUCUGGGCACAAGGGCAGAAAUAUUCUCAUGUCAAAGGAGACACCUCGAGUGAAAGUAGCCCUUCUUCGCAGUCUUCUUCCAACUCAAAGUCCAAACUCAUUUCAAAAGCCAAACAACUCCUCGAGGAAGGUGCCCAGUUGCCAUCAUUGCAAAAGUGCAUGGUUUUCCAGCAAAGCCCAAAUUUGGGAAUGCCUCCAAGAGUUUACCCAGAAUCACCUUCUUUAGAUUAUGCAAACAUCAAUCAGACACCCAGCACAUCAUUUUGGUCUCCUGUCUUAGGAUCUAGCUGCUGUUCAAGGCCUGCUGGGAUGGACCAAGAAAUGUAUGGUUAUCAGCAGGUCCUGGACUUCUCUGCUCAUACAGUUCCAUACAUGAGUGCCUAUCCAUCAACUCCUGCCAUGCUGUAUAGUCCUACUUCUGCCCUUCCUCCAGAGAACAUGAUGUCAAUGUCAUAUCACCCAAGGUCUCCUGCUAUCCAUAGGCCUCAGGUCAACUAUCCAAGCCCUCCUUUAUGUAACCAUGGCAACAGCAUUGUGAAGGAUGAUAAAGAUGAGAAAAGAGAUAUCACAAGGGAAACUUUCAAGAAAGUAGUGGUCAAGCAUGAAUUAGAGGAGAUCCCUCGCUCAUAUUCAGCUUUAAUAGAAGAGGAGGAGGAGUCAUCCCCAACCCCCCAGCAAGCACAACGUCGGUUCGUGUGGAAUGAUUGUGAUAAUGAGAGAGAGAGGGCAGAGAUGUACACCAAACAGACCAAACAGUCAUUUUACACAACAGAAGGUUGAUCAUCAAACUUACAUUCUUGGCGAUACUUGCCAUCAUUUACAUUCAUGAAGCUACCGAAGUGUAUGUAGACUGUGAAUUGCAUUUCCAUGUUGAUAGCAAGAAUAGUAAUUUGCUGCAAUAUUUUUACAUUUAGAAACAUUAUAAAUAAUGUACAGUCAGCCUCAUGUGUGGAAGAAGUGAACUAGGUGAAGUUGAAUCAGUUCUAACAGAGCUGUGGGCAUACUUUUAAUUGUCAUAUUUUCACAUUGUUGUUGUACAUGAUAGAAUGCAUUAAAACCUUGUAUUCUACAGUGUACAGGUGUAGUCUGUUCCAUCUUCAGAUGAAUAUCAUAUGGCAUUACAACAAAGGACAGAAUAUUUUAUUUCCAUUUAUUUCAUCUAAUCAUUAGAAAUAUUCAUUGUGUUUGAAUGCUUUGAUAUUCGCAAUGCUCUUUUCUGGAAGAGAAUUACAUCAAUUAGAACCAUAUUUUUUUCUCAAGUUAUAUUACAAACAUGACACAAUUUUAAGCACAUUAGUGUUGUAUUUCAUUUUUUCUUUUCUUUACAAGAACACUGUUAUAUGUUUCUGUAUUUGUUGAAUUUCUCUUCUUCUGGGCUUUAUUACAAUUAAAAUUAUUAUAUUGAAAAUGAAAAGUAGUUUCCAUGAAACACAUAUGUUCUUGAUUAGAAUCGUUUCUGAAAAUGUGUUUUCAAAGAUGUAAUCUGUUCAUGUUAUUUUUAUGAAAAUUUGUAUUCCUUUUUUGCAGUUUUUACACUGAUAUUACAUAAAUGAUUUAGUUUUACUUAAUAGAUGACAGGUUAAUUUGAAAAAUUUAGAGUCAGAGUUAAUAUUAAACAUAAAGAAAUAUACUAUUUGUAGGUAUUCUCAAAGCAACAUACCCAUGUUCGCUAGUGUUAUUCAUGCAGCUAUUAAACUCAUAUAAGCCUUUUCUUAUCAUAUUUUUGCAAGCUUUAUUUGGCCAUUUGAGAGUUGACAUAGCUACAUGUAUACUUUUGAGUUGCAAGCAGUUCCUCAAGUGUGGUAUGAAAACCUAAAUAGCAUAAACAUAAUCAAUGCUUUAAUUGAGCAUUGUGGCCCAGUGGAUGAGUCUCUGGACUUUGAAACAGAGGGUCAUGGAUUUGUAUCCCAGCCAUGUAUUUUGCAUUCCCUUAGCAAGAAUCCAAGCCAUGUAUUUUGUGUAUUCCUUCAGCAAGAAAUUGAUCCACUUUGUGCUGCACUCAACCCAUGUUACAUAAAUGGGUAUUGAUCAAAUUACUUUUGUUUUGGACAAAAUUCAAAGGUCAGAACAGAAUUUUAUUUCAGUUUCAUAAAGAAUACCUUAUGGUAACUUAGCCAUGAUAACAGAGCUCUGCAGCCAAUCAAUCGGAUUUUCUUAAUGAAAAUGGACCCCAGUUCAUCCAAUGCCACUAUCUCUUUAUUGCAUGUGGGCCAUCCUCGCAACUUACAUAAAUUUCCCUUGUAUUUCGACAUUUCAAAAGGGGUGUAUUAAAUGUUUUAACUCGGUUUUAGUCAUAAUCUUCAUUGCACCGUAUAGAGAUGUAUCUUCUAUUAUGGGCUUUAUUGCAUUUGCCCACUAUGUCAGAUUGCUGAUACUUGGAUCUUAAAAUUCAGAAAAUAGUCCUAAUAUUUUCUUUAUACAAUCUGGUGUUGGUGUUGUGUGUUCAGACUUCUCGCAUAAAGUUGAGAGGUUCAGCAGCUCAGAGGCGUGACGUCUCGAGUUAUCGAAAACAAGAUAGGUAUCAUUCUUCUGAACCCAGCUCGGUGUUGGAGCUCGGUUCAGCAGCCUUUCUAUGCUCUCAACGCUAACAUCACCACUGAAUGUUUAUCUUGAAAUCCCCCAUUGUGUACAAGACUUAUCUGGUCUGUGACUUAAAAAUGGCCUUAAAUCAAUAUUACAAGCAGUAGAGCAAUUAAAUAAAUGACAUCUCACUUCAAGUCAAUUUUGGCUGUAGCUUUUGGAAGCAAGUCCCAUAGCAUAAUGGUUUGUAAUGGAUUUCAAAUAAGAAAGAACAACUUGAAUUGAUUUCUGGUCAGGAUUUUGAACAAAUCGUAUUAUAAGUGAUCUAAUUUUGCCAUUGUCAUCCAGUUAUUGAUUACAAGCCUUCAUGUAAUGGAAUGUAGGUUUUGUCAGUGUUGAAUUUCACCUUGGAAUGCUUUAAAAUCCUCGGCUAUGCAACUUUUGAAUGCUAUUACCGUAGUGAAUGAUACUAAAUGUAAUAAAAUUUAUAUUUCUUGACAUUCCAAAUUUGAAGUCAUCUUGCCUGGCUUGUUAUACCCCUUCGCAGUGAUCAAGUCGUCUGGAUAACCACAUGGGCUAAAACCAUUUGGUCUAUUAUCAGUUUGGUCUAAUUGGUGUUUGGUGUGCACUACACUUGAUAUAAUUCCUACUUAGUCUAAUGCCCAGAUGGUGAACAUUUUUCCACUUCCAUUUUGUCAUAUGAAAAUUUGAUUCAUAAAACAGCAUCUAACCAUAUCGACUAAAUAGUGUUUGACCAAGUGAAUAUUUAGACAAAACGGGUAGAGCCUAAUUGGAAAUUAGACAAAGUUAUAAAUGGGCUAUUAAAAUAGUAAUGUCAUGUAGACCAAAUGGUUUAGAUGAACUGGCUUUAGACAAAGUAGGAUUAGACCAUGUAGGUCAAGACCAAUGGAAAGUAGAUGAAGCCGGUGUCAAGACCAAUAUGCAAUUUACCAUCCCUACAUGUUCAUGGCAAUAUGCCGCCAGUUUAAAAUCCACAAUGAUUACAUUUUUUUUCAAUAUCUAAUUGUUUCUGUUUGUCAGAUUUUUCUCAAUCUUCACUUACUCAUUUUCCUUUUU